AAACAGGAGAGAGAAAGACGAACAAAGAUGACUCCAAGGAUCCGAAGACUUAUAAUAAAACUUUUGGAUCUUUUGUUAUUUUUUUCUAAAUCUCAUCGUCAAAUUUUUUUUUUUUUUACAACAACAACAUUACAACGCGUUACGUUUUUUUGAUAGAAAGAAAAGAAAACAAAAAAAGAAAAAAAAAAAGAAAAGAUGGAAGCGAGAGAGACUGUUCAUUGGUUCUCGACAUCUUUAAUUGUUCUUACAAUCUCAUGUUUUCUUGUUUUCUCGUUUUUCUUACGAUCUCUUAAUAAUAUUGUUAUUAUUAGAAGUAUUUCUGUUUAUCACAACUACACUACUACUCUUCCAAAACAACUCAACUAUUACUCCAUGUUACUAAUUGUUAUUAUUUUUAUUCUUCAAAUCUCACCGCACAUCACCUCCCACCUUUUUUCUUCGCUAUCACGACUCAGAACAAUUCGCAUUCGGCAUUCCCUUUUCGUCAAAACCAAUAAUAUCAAUAUUAUUAAUUCUAUGUCAAAGCCGAUUCCCAAAUUGCUCUCUCGUUUAUCUUCUCUCUGGUCUUACGAAACCCUAGUCUGUUCUUCCAUUCUAGGGUUUGCAGCGGUUUCUUGAUCUCUUUUGUUCUCUGGCAUUCCUGAUUUUGUUCGUUAAUGGAGGCUGCUUCAGAAGGGGAGAAGAAGAAGCCUCCUGAGGGAGGGGGUAGUGGAGAAGGAGGCGAGCAGAAGCCGAAGCGCAAAAUGAAGACUGCUUCUCAAUUGGAGCUUCUAGAGAAGACCUACGCUGUGGAGGCGUAUCCGUCGGAGUCUCUGCGAGCAGAGCUAUCAGCGAAGCUGGGGCUGACGGAUCGGCAGUUGCAGAUGUGGUUUUGUCAUAGGAGGUUGAAGGAUAGGAAGGUUGCGCCGGUGAAGAGACAGAGGAAGGAUACGCCGGUUUCUGGGGGUGGAGAUGACAUGGUGGUUGGUGGUGAGCUGGGUAAUGAGCCUGGGUCGGGGCCGGGUUCGGGGUCCAGUCCGUUUGGGCAGGGUGAGCCGAGAAAGGUGGUUGCUCGAGCGCCAUCCAUUGUGCCGAUAAUUGGAGCUGAUAUGCCAAUGAUGAAGAGGUACUAUGAGCCACAACAGUCCAUAUUGGAGCUACGUGCUAUUGCUUUUGUGGAAGCUCAGCUGGGGGAGCCGUUGAGGGAAGACGGACCGAUUCUUGGCAUGGAGUUUGAUCCAUUGCCACCUGAUGCAUUCGGUGCGCCUUUAGCAAUAAUGGGGCAACAGAAGCAAGCAGGUCGGCCUUAUGAUGGCAAAGUAUACGAGCGGCAUGAUGCUAAACCGAUCAAAAAGACAUCUUCACUUUUGCCCAAUAUGGAACAUGGUUAUGUACCUAGUUCAUCUGGUGGGAAAAGAAAAGUCCCAGCUGGAGUUCAUGUAGUUCAUCAUCAGACUGCAGCAAGGGCUGUCCAGGAAUACCAAUUUCUUCCAGAGCAGCCAACUGUUAGAUCUGAUACUUAUGAAAGGGUCGGUCCAUCCCACUACUAUAAUUUACCAGUUGAUGGUCCAAGUGCUAGGGCUUCAUCAUUAUCUUCUGGAGGGGCAUUUAUUCAUGGAAAUGAGCAGGUGGGAACAGGUUAUGGAUUCCAUGGACAGGUGUCAGGUGUUGGUCAUUUGUCUCAUCAAGGCAGGAAGGGCCAUGUCUUCUCUUCAGGUUCAGGAGGAUACGAAAAUGUUUCACAUAGGAACUCCUUUACAAAUAUUGAGAUGGAUCCUCACUUUGGUGCCCACCCAAUUGUUGGACUGGAAAAUCCAUUUGUACCAUCUGACAGGAGGGUUUCCCAUGAUGAAGAUGUUACUCGAAUGGAGAGGAAACGCAAGAGUGAGGAAGCAAGAAUAGCAAGGGAAGUUGAAGCACAUGAAAAACGGAUACGGAAAGAGCUUGAAAAGCAAGAUAUUUUGAGGCGAAAGAGAGAGGAGCAAAUGAGAAAAGAAAUGGAAAGGCAUGACCGUGAAAGGCGAAAGGAAGAAGAGAGGUUGAUGCGUGAAAAGCAACGGGAAGAGGAGAGAUUCCAGCGGGAGCAAAGGCGUGAGAAUGAGAGAAGGGAGAGGUUUUUGCAGAAAGAAACUUUGAGAGCUGAGAAAUUAAGGCAGAAAGAAGAACUUCGUAGGGAGAAGGAGGCUGCAAGAAUUAAAGCUGCUAAUGAGAGGGCUACUGCUCGUAGAAUUGCUAAGGAAUCUAUGGAGCUUAUUGAGGAUGAACGUCUGGAACUUAUGGAGUUGGCUGUUUCAACUAAAGGGUUACCCUCAAUACUUUAUCUGGACAGUGAGACAUUACAAAAUCUUCAGUCAUUCAGAGAUAUGUUGAGUACAUUUCCUCCUGAGUCAGUGCGAUUAAAAAUGCCAUUUUCAAUUCAGCCCUGGACUAAUUCGGAGGAGAACAUAGGGAACCUUCUUAUGGUUUGGAGAUUUUUAAUUACUUUUGCUGAUGUUCUUGGACUUUGGCCUUUUACGCUUGAUGAAUUUGUUCAAGCUCUUCAUGAUUUUGAUCCGAGAUUGUUGAGUGAGGUGCAUGUUGUCCUUUUGAGAUCCAUUAUAAAAGAUAUUGAGGAUGUUGCAAGGACACCUUCUAUUGGAAUUGGUGCUAAUCAAAAUAGUGCUGCUAAUCCAGGAGGUGGACAUCCACAGAUUGUUGAAGGGGCAUAUGCAUGGGGCUUUGAUAUACGCAGUUGGCAGCGCCACUUGAGUCCAUUGACAUGGCCUGAAAUUCUGCGACAAUUUGGGUUGUCUGCUGGAUUUGGACCUCAACUAAAAAAUAGGAGUAUUGGAAGGGCUUAUUUUUGCGAUGACAAUGAGGGUCAUGAUGGCGAAGAUAUAGUUACUACUUUACGCACUGGGACAGCAGCUGAAAAUGCUGUUGCUUUGAUGCAAGAAAAGGGGUUUUCCCAUCCACGCAGAUCCCGGCAUCGCUUGACCCCAGGAACAGUUAAGUUUGCAGCAUUUCAUGUUCUUUCUCUUGAGGGAAGCAAGGGAUUAACGAUACUAGAAGUUGCAGACAAGAUUCAGAAAUCUGGCCUCCGGGAUCUCACAACAAGCAAGACACCUGAGGCAUCUAUUGCUGCUGCAUUGUCAAGGGAUGCAACCCUUUUUGAAAGAACAGCUCCUUCAACAUAUUGUGUACGCCCUACUUUUAGAAAGGACCCUGCUGAUGCAGAAGCAGUAUUGUCUGCUGCAAGAGAAAAAAUACAGAUAUUUGAAAGUGGAUUUUCAGAUUCUGAAGAAGUUGAAAAGGAUGUAGAUGAUGCUGAUGAUGUUGAAAGAGAUGAAGAUUCUGAAUGCGAUGGUGCUGAUGAUCCUGAAGUUGAUGAUGUUAAUAGACCAUUGAAUUCAAAAGAAGCCCACCAUUCUGCCGAAGCCAAGGCUACUCAACCAAGGACUUGCUCAGGAAAUGAAAAGAAAACCUCUAAUAAUGAGGCUGGAGAAACUCCAGAAUGUGGCUUUGCUAGUUCUGGGAAAGGCUUCUCUCUGUUCCUUUCGGAAGUCACAAAGGAAGUAAAAAGUCCAGGUGCUACCCUUUAUCAAUCUGGUGAUGUAGCUACAAACUGCAAUGAAACAAGCAAUUUUGAUCAACAGGACGUAGAGAUCGAUGAGAGCAAUUUGGGUGAACCCUGGGUUCAGGGGUUAAUGGAAGGGGAAUACUCUGAUCUAAGUGUAGAGGAGCGUCUCAAUGCACUUGUUGCCUUAAUUGGCGUGGCUAUUGAAGGAAACUCAAUUCGUGUCAUUCUAGAGGAACGCUUGGAAGCAGCAAAUGCUCUUAAAAAGCAGAUGUGGGCAGAGGCUCAACUGGAUAAAAGGCGCAUGAAAGAAGAGUACAUAAUGAAGGUGAGUUCAUCUUAUAUGGGGGUCAAAACUGAGAACAACCUUAUUAGUUCUGCAACCGAAGCUGAACAAAGCCCACUGGUUGAUGUUGAUAACAAGAACAAUGAGGCAUCUUUCAAUCCAACCAAGCAAGAGCUAUUUCUUGAUCCACAAAAUGGUCAAAGUAUUAUAGGUAACUUGCCUACUGAAAGGAACUUGGCAGGGCAAGAGUUCAAUGUUCAAGAUAAUCUCCAACUUCAGCAACAUGCAUAUGCCACAGAAAAGUCACGCUCACAGUUAAAAUCUUCUAUUGGUCAUAGAGCGGAAGAGAUGUAUGUAUAUAGGUCUCUGCCUCUUGGUCAGGAUCGUAGGCGUAAUCGAUACUGGCAGUUUGUUACAUCUUCUUCAAAAAAUGAUCCUGGUGCUGGCAGGAUCUUUUUUGAAUCUCACGAUGGCUGCUGGGGGCUUAUUGACUCAGAAGAGGUUUUUGAUGCUCUUAUGACAUCUUUAGAUACACGAGGUAUUAGGGAAUCCCACUUGCAUUCUAUGCUUCAGAAGAUUGAGAUUUCCUUCAAGGUAACUGCAAGAAGGAACUCAUGUCGGACCAACAUUGGGGACCCGAGUGGAGUAGUUGUCAAAAUUGAAGCUUCUGGAAUGGGUCCCACUUCUGAUUGUACUGUUGGAAUCAAUAGUCCUACCAGUAUAUUAUGUAGUUCAAGUUCUGAAACAUCAGAGCAGGCAUCUUCUUUCAAAAUUCAGCUUGGGAGGAGUGAACCUGAGAAAAAUGAUGCCUUGAAGAGAUAUCAAGAUUUCCAGAAGUGGAUGUGGAAAGAAUGCUUUACUCCUUCAACUUUAUCUGCCAUGAAAUAUGGGAAGAAAAGAUGUGCGCAACUGUUCGGCACAUGUGAUUCCUGCCAAGAUUACUACUUCUUUGAAGACAACCACUGUCCUUCAUGUCACAGGACUUUUGGCAAGUUAUCUAACAGCUUAAAUUUAAAAUUUUCUGAACAUGUGGUGCAAUGUGAAGAGAAUCAGAAGGUGGACCCUGACUGGAAUUCCCAUUAUAUAGAUUCUUAUCUUCCUUUGAGGACAAGAUUGGUGAAGGCAAUGCUAGUUCUAGUUGAGGUCUCUGUUCCACAAGAAGCUUUUCAACCUUUUUGGAAUGAGAACUAUCGCAAAUCAUGGGGUGUCAGGUUGCACAAUUCAUCAUCAGCAGAGGAGCUUCUUCAGAUAUUGACUCUAUUGGAGGGUGCUAUAAGAAGGGACUAUUUAUCAUCAAACUUUGAGACAACCAAGGAACUGUUAGGUUCCUUUACACAAUCAGGAUCUGCUGUUGAUUCUUCACCUCCUGAAUCAGUUGCUGUACUUCCAUGGGUACCUUCAACAACUGCUGCUGUAGUAUUAAGGCUUAUGGAAUUUGAUGCAUCGAUCUCCUACAUAUUGCAUGAGAAAGCUGAGUCCAGUAAAGACAAGGAAGAUGGAGAAUUCAUUAAGCUUCCAUCAAAAUACACGGUUGUGAAAAAUAUCCAAGUUGUUGAACCGACAGAAGCUACAGGCUAUGGUGAAUACAUGCAAGAAGGAAACUGGCUUAACACAGGCAGUGAGCGUAGAAGCUCUGGACGUGGACGUGGGGGCCGUGGGAGGGGUCGGGGUCGAGGUCGCAGUCGUGGUGGGAGGUGGCAGAGAGGCAGUGGAUCCCGGUUGUGCAAGGAGUCUAUUUUUAACAUUGAGAAAGCAGGUCAAGGUCUGGGGCGGAAAGGUCGGACACGUGGGCGUGGGCGUAGGCGGGGUCGCCGUACAGUAAGAAGCAGACCAAGAACACAGAAGAGAGUGGUUGAGAAGGAGAAAACAUUGGGUCGUUUCAAUCACACCAGCAGAACCAAACAGGACAGUGGUGGGCAAUCUCCAAGGUUAGUUGGGGGAGAUUGGGAUCUUGAGGAAACCGGGAGGAUGCAUGUGGAGGAGGCUGACAAUAGUAAUAGUGCAGAAGCAUCAGAAUAUGAUGUCAACGGUCAAGGAACAGGUGAUGAAUAUGAUGACCGGGAAGCAGAUUACGGUGGGAUUUUUAAUGGAAAGUCUGAAGAUUUAUUGUUGGAAAGUGAGGAUGAUGUUGAGGGUGAUGAGGAAGGGGAAGAUGCUGAUGCUGAUGCUGAUGCUGAUACUGAUGCUGAUGUAGAAGGCGAUGAGGAUGUUGAAAGUGAAGAGGGAGACGAGGAUGACGAUGAGGAAGAAGAUAGGGAUGGGGACGAAGGAGAAGAAAUGGAUGGAGAUGAAGUGGAAGAAGAUGAGAAUGGAGAUAUGGAGGGGGAUUUAGAUGGAGAGGGGAAUGUAGACGGGGACGGGGAGAGGAAUGGGGAUGAAGACGAAGGCACAGUUUCUACGUCAUCGGAAUAUAGUGAUUAAGAAAAUUUUCAUGUAAGCUCCAUUAGUUGAUUUAUUAGUAAUGUUGUCCAACAUCAGUGCCCUACAUUCUUUUAUUUAAAGAGUUGUAGCGCCCAUCCUGUAGCCCUAAUAUGUAAUGUUUCUGGGCGGAUAAAAAGAUGGAAUCACAGUGUAAAAAAAGAGAAAGAAAAGAAGUUGAUCGAGUAAAUGCAAAUCAGUGUAAACACAGAAGAUCUGAAGAUGCGAUCCUCCAAAAAUUCAAUGAAAUAUAGCUUUCCACACUACGGCGAUAGACGUCACAGUUGUACGCAGAUUUUGUUCAUUACUACAUAUGGUGAGGACAGUACCGAUGCAUAAUACUAGCUUCUCGCAUAAAGAUGACCUUUGUAA